GCGCAGCGGGGAGGAAGUGGGAGCCGAGAGCGAGGCGAUGUCGGAGCUGGAGCGGCUGCGGCACAGCGACAUCCCCGCGGGCCGGCAGCGGCUGCGGGAGCAGCACGGCAACCUGCUGCGGGUGGCCGACUACUGCCACAGCAACUACCUGCAGGCCAGCGACAAGAGGAAGGCGCUGGAGGAGACGAUGGCUCUGAGCACGCAGUCCCUGGCCAGUGUCACCUACCAGGUCAGCAGCCUGGCCAGCGCCUUCCUGCGCCUGCUGGAGCUGCAGGCGGCCCAGCUGCGCCGGGUGGAGGCCGACAUCGCCUGCGUGGCACAGAGCGUGGACAUCCACAAGGAGAAGGUGUCACGCCGCGAGAUCGGCGCCCUGACCGUCACCAGGAGGCUCCUGAGCUACCAGAAGGUCGUGGCCCCCCCAGAGCCCCCCGUGCUGGAGCCCUAUUACAGGAAACCCCUCAACUUCAGCGCGCUGGACGGCGUCGGCCACGGGGUCAAGGACACCAGCACGCAGCUGUCCCGCACCGGCACCCUGGCUCGGAAAAGCACCAAAUCCUGCUCGGCACCGGCUGCGGGAACGCUGGGGAGGAGCAGCCGUGUCCCCGAGCCGGUGCAGCCGCCCGUGGUUCCCGUGGGGAAGCUCCCGAGCAGCUCCUGCAGCUCCUCCCCGCUGCCCCCCGGCUCCCGCGGGGCCCCGGCAGCCCCUGGGGACGGAAUUCCUGCCCCGCCACCGCUGCCAGGGCCACCCCUGCUGGCACCGUCCCCUCCGGGGCCACCCCCGCCUGCCACUGCCAUCCCGCCUCCGCCACCCCUGCCCGGGGACCUGCUGCCACCCCUGCCUGGGGACCUGCUGCCACCCCUGCCUGGGGACCUGCUGCCACCCCUGCCUGGGGACCUGCUGCCACCCCUGCCUGGGGACCUGCUGCCACCCCCCUUCCUGGGGACCUGCUGCCACCCGUGCCCGGGGACAUGCUGCCACCCCUUCCUGGGGACCUGCUGCCACCCCUCCCUGGGGACCUGCUGCCACCCGUGCCCGGGGACCUGCUGCCACCCCUCCCUGGGGACCUGCUGCCACCCCUCCCUGGGGACCUGCUGCCACCCGUGCCCGGGGACCUGCUGCCACCCCUGCCCGGGGACCUGCUGCCACCCCUCCCUGGGGACCUGCUGCCACCCCUCCCUGGGGACCUGCUGCCACCCGUGCCCGGGGACCUGCUGCCACCCCUGCCCGGGGACCUGCUGCCACCCGUGCCCGGGGACCUGCUGCCACCCCUCCCUGGGGACCUGGCCGUGCCCCCACCAGAAUUCCCCCCUCCAGCCCCCGAGGACCUCGAGCUGCUGCCACCACCCCCAGCUGUGCCUGACUUUGGGGACCUGGCCCUGCCACCGCCACCAGCCGCAGAGGAGCCCCCGUGGGCCCCGGAGAGCUACCUGUAGAAAGCCCCUGCCCAGCCAUCCCCGAGGAUCCAGAGGCACCCCCAGGAGCAGGAGCCACCCCCAGAAGAACCAGAGCCACCCCCGAGGAUCCAGAGGCACUCCCAGGAGCCAGAGCCACCCUCGAGGACCCAGAGGCACCCCCAGGACCCAGAGGCACCCCCAGGAUCCAGAGCCACCCCCAGGAUCCAGAGGCACCCCCAGGAUCCAGAGGCACCCCCAGGAGCAGGAGCCACCCCCAGGAGAUCCAGAGCCACCCCCGAGGAUCCAGAGGCACUCCCAGGAGCCAGAGCCACCCUCGAGGACCCAGAGGCACCCCCAGGACCCAGAGGCACCCCCAGGAUCCAGAGCCACCCCCAGGAUCCAGAGGCACCCCCAGGAUCCAGAGGCACCCCCAGGAGCAGGAGGCACCCCGGGCUGCGGCUCGGAGCCUGUCCCAGGCGGGCCCGUGCCCCCUCUGGUGUUUUCUCCAUACACGGCUCUGCCUCUCUCACACGGGUUUGCAGCUUUAAUUCCAUGGCUUUGAUUUCCUCACAGUCCAGGAGGAGGAGGAGGAGGAGGAGGAAGGACGAGGGGCGGGGGUGGCACGGAGGGGGAACGACUCGGGGCUGCUUUGGUUGUUUCCUGCGGGGCUUUGGGGAGCCCUCGGGGGCCGGGAAGGCUGAGGAUAAACCGGGACAAACCCAGGAUAAAUCCAGGGGGAGCCAACCCCAGAGAGCAGCAGGUGCUGGAGGUGCCCCUGCAGAGUGCAAUUAGAAGGGGUAAUUAAUUAAUUAAUUAAUUAAUACUGCGGUGGGGAGGGGGACACGGACGGGGGGCGGGGGGGGCUGGCCUCUGGUGCCAGCAGUGUCCCCCGGGGGGAUUGUGGCACCUCGCGGGUGCCCGGCUCGGGGGGAAUUGACCCUCCCUGGGGAAGGAGGGACCCUGCACGAUCCAGGGAAGGGCUCGGGGCAGGGAGGGGACGCGGGGACACCGCGGGGACACCGCGGGGACACGGUGAGAGGAGCGCGGCUGGCAGGGGCGAGGCCGGGCCCUGCUGCGGCUCCUGUGCCCGGCGGGACGGGGCUGGAGAGGCUCUGCCCCUUCCCAAAGCUCUCCCGGUGCUCCCGGCACGGUUUGUCCCGGGAAUGAAUCCCCAGGGAGGGAGAGCCCCAGAGCAGGGCUCGGGGUGGGGCGUGGGGGCCAGGGAGCAGGGAUUUCCUAUCCAGAAUUCCCAGCAGGAUCAGGAGCCCAGGGAGCAGGGAUUUCCCAGCUGGAAUUCCCAGCAGGAUCAGGAGCCCAGGGAGCAGGGAUUUCCCAGCUGGAAUUCCCAGCAGGAUCAGGAGCCCAGGGAGCAGGGAUUUCCUAUCCAGAAUUCCCAGCGGGAUCAGGAGCCCAGGGCCAGGCAGGCCGGGGGGAGGAUGGCAGGAGCAAGGACGUGCCCAGCCCGCGGGGAGCCGGCUGCUGCAUUUUUGGGAAUUCACUUUCGAG